AUGACAUCAGUUGAAAAUGUGGAGAAACGGUUAACUGAAGAGAUUGCUGAUUUAUCAACAAGAUUAAUGACAGAAGUAAAUAAACAAGUUGAACAAGAAGAAACAAUAUUAAAUCUACGUAAAACAAUACAACAUUUAAAAGAUUCAAAUAAGACACUAAUAUCAAAUGAUGAAAAUUAUAAACUAAUAUUACCAAAAUAUUUAAAAUUACAAGAUGAAUUUAAACAAAUAAAUAUAAAAAAGGAAAUAGCAGAAACAGAAAAUAAAAAAUUAUCAGCAGAAGUUGAAGAUUUAACAGCAUCAUUAUUUGAUGAAGCAAAUACAAUGGUUUCAAAUGCAAGUAGAGAAACUCAUAAUUUUAAAAUAAAAAAUAAGAAAUUAUAUGAAGAAAUUGAUGAAAAAAAUAUUAUAAUAAGUAAUUUACAAGAUCAAUUACAAGAUUUAAAACAAAUGUUUAUUAAAAUUGAAGAUCAAGAAAAAUUAAAAUUAUAUUCAAAUAGUAAUAUUAAUACUCCAAUUAUUGAACAGGAAAAUCAAUUUGAAAAAUUAAAUUUAAGUAGUCCUGAAAAAGAACAGUUGCAUAGUAAAGAAAACGAUAACGAUGAUGAUAAUGAAAUUAAUGAUAAAAACGAAGAACAAUUGAGUCGCACGAUUCCAAAUGAUCCAACCAUACCAGUAGCAGUAGAUCAAGAAGAUUUACAAUUAAAACAAAUUACAAAUAAUUUGACAACAUCACAAAUAACUUCAAUUAGAUUUGAUUUAAACAAUUAUAAUAAAGAUUUUAAAGGAUUUAUAUAUACAUUAAUUAAACCUGAUUUUAUAUUAGAUCAAACUCAUUUAAAAUCAUUAAAUUUUUAUAAAAAUAUAUGGAAUAAUGAAAUUGAAAAUUUUAUUGAAUAUAUACCAAAUUUACCACAAACUUCCAUAUUCAAUAAAUGGCAAAAAACAAAAAUAUUUUGGAGUUCUUUAAUUGAUGGUAGAGUUAAAAUUGAACCAAUAAAAGGUUUUAAUGAAAAUUUAAAAAAUUUAAAUUUAACAAUUUUAAAUCCUGAAUUUAUAAAAAUUUCAAUAAAAGAACCUUGUGGAUUUUGUGGAGAAAUAAGAUCAAAUAAAUAUGAAUAUUGUAGAUUAUAUCAUUAUAAAAUUUAUGAAAUUGAUGAAAGUUUAAUUGUUUCAUAUCCUUUAUGUAAAUUUUGUUUAAUUAAAUUAAGAAAUCUUUGUGAAUUUUUUGCAAAAAUUAGAUUAUUAAAAUCAAAUAUUUUUAAAUUGAAACAAAAUAAUCAAUUUGAUGAAUUUGCUUAUGUUCCAACUACUGCUUCAAAUUUUUAUAAAAGAGCAAAUUCAAAUCCUUCAAUUAAAAAUUCAAAUACUUUUACUCCAUCUGUUACAACUCCAAAUAAUGAAAUAUCUAAUAAUAAUACCACAACCACUAAUACAAAUAGUCCAACAAAUAAAUCAGAUAAAUUAUCAGUCCCAUCAUCAUCAACAUCUCAAUCUCAUCAACAAUCAACAGAAUCAAUAAAUUCAGCAUCAUCAUCAACAAUAACUACAAAUUCAAUAACAAACUCAACAACAACUCCAAAUUCUGAUUUAAUGAAUGGUCAUAUACAUGAAAUUAAAUUAGAUGAAGAAGAAGAAAAAAAAAUUUCUAAAAUUUAUUUAAUUUUUUUAAUUAUAAGAUUAAAAAUUUAUUAUAGUAAAUUAGGAAUUUUAAAUACUUUAAAUGAUAAUAAUAAUUAUUAG